UUGUCAGCCAUAUUGACUACCUCUUCUCCGGUCGUGGGAGACUGGCGGAGGAGUCUCCCUCCAAUGAAGCCUGUAUCACUAUAGCUACACUCUCAGUACGCACCGUGUCCGGGAACGUGAAACGGUCUAUUUUUAAUCGCUGUGGAUAUAUAAAGUACUGCUGCCUGCUGGAGGGGGUGACAGUUGGGACACAUCCUCGAGCGCAGCUAGGCGUUUGAGGCGCUGGUGCCCCAGAGUGAGGCAGGAAGACGGAGGACGACUUCUUUCUGUUUCAUCAGCAGCAGGGGACAGGAGAGCGGAGAAAGAUGCCCAAACCGAUCAAUGUGCGCGUCACCACCAUGGACGCUGAGCUGGAGUUUGCCAUCCAGCCCAACACAACAGGCAAACAGCUCUUCGAUCAGGUGGUGAAAACGGUCGGUCUGAGGGAGGUCUGGUUCUUCGGCCUGCAGUACACAGACAGCAAAGGCUACGUGACGUGGCUCAAGCUCAAUAAGAAGGUGACCCAGCAGGAUGUCAAGAAGGAGAAUCCGCUGCAGUUCAAGUUCAGAGCAAAGUUCUUCCCUGAGGAUGUUUCUGAGGAGCUCAUCCAGGAGAUCACACAGAAACUUUUCUUCCUGCAGGUAAAGGAGGCCAUUCUGAAUGAUGAGAACUUUCUGCUACUGCCACAGAGAGUUCUGGAGCAGCACAAGUUGACAAAGGAGCAGUGGGAGGACAGAAUACAGACGUGGCACGAGGAGCACAGAAGCAUGCUCAGGGAGGACGCGAUGAUGGAGUAUCUGAAGAUCGCUCAGGACUUGGAGAUGUACGGCGUCAACUACUUUGAAAUUAAAAACAAGAAGGGCACAGAGCUGUGGCUCGGGGUCGACGCCCUGGGACUCAACAUCUACGAGCAUGAAGACAAGUUGUCACCAAAGAUCGGUUUCCCCUGGAGCGAGAUCAGAAACAUUUCCUUCAACGACAAGAAGUUUGUCAUCAAGCCCAUUGACAAGAAGGCUCCAGACUUUGUGUUCUACGCCCCACGGUUGCGGAUCAACAAGCGUAUCCUGGCGUUGUGUAUGGGAAACCACGAGCUGUACAUGAGGAGGAGGAAGCCUGAUACUAUUGAGGUGCAGCAGAUGAAGGCUCAGGCCAGGGAGGAGAAGCACCACAAGCAGAUGGAGAGGGCACAGCUGGAGAAUGAGAAGAAAAAGCGAGAGCUUGCAGAGAAAGAGAAGGAGCGAAUAGAGCGAGAGAAGGAGGAGCUGAUCGAGAGGCUGAGGCAGAUUGAAGAGCAAACUCAGAGAGCUCAGAAAGAGCUGGAGGAGCAGACCCGCAGAGCGCUGGAGUUGGAGCAGGAGAGGAAGCGGGCGAAGGAAGAAGCAGAGCGGCUGGAGAGGGAGAGGCAGGUGGCGGAGGAGGCCAAGGCGGCGCUGGCUCAACAGGCUGCUGACCAGAUGAAGACCCAGGAACAACUGGCUGCUGAGUUAGCAGAGUUCACUGCCAAAAUCGCUCUGCUUGAGGACGCAAAGAGAAAAAAAGAAGAGGAAGCAACAGAAUGGCAACACAAAGCUCUGUCAGCGCAAGAGGACCUGGAGAAGACCAGGGAAGAACUUAAGACAGCCAUGACAUCUCCACCGGCGCCAGAAAACGACGAGCAGGAUGAAACGAACGCCGAGGCCAGUGCCGAGCUUCUCAGCGACGGCGUCACAAGCCACCGCAGCGAGGAGGAACGAAUCACUGAGGCGCAGAAGAACGAGCGUGUUAAGAAACAGCUACAGGCUUUGAGUUCGGAGUUGGCGGAGGCUCGGGACGACACCAAGAAAACGCAGAACGACAUGCUACAUGCCGAGAACGUCAGAGCGGGCAGAGACAAGUACAAAACCCUACGGCAGAUCCGCCAGGGCAACACCAAGCAGCGUAUAGAUGAGUUUGAGUCCAUGUGAGCCAGAAACGUGGAUGGACACGACACUGAAAAGAGACCAUUUGGUCUCAUUGCCAUGUCAACGCCUCACUCUCCUUGUAAAGCCCAAAACCUGCUGCCACUGCAGGAUAUCUUACCUUUUCUCUACCGCAGAGAAAGAUGGGAUAGGGGGCUUCGUAGCUUCAACCUCGCCAAAGCUCUGCCUAGCAGCGGCUGGCCAGCCACAUACUCAGCUUUCUGCUUUUUAGAGCUCUGCCCUCGCCUCGAUGAAGCACAUGUCUUUUAAUCAGUCCGGACAAAUAGCAAGCAACGUGUCCUCUCCCUUUACAUUACUAGCAAUUUAAAAUGCUUGCAUGUUUGAUAAUUAAACAAUAUCGCAACCUUUAGACAAAAUGUGACUGUUCCGAAAUGGUUUCUUUUAUUCAACAAAAUAAAAUGAUCAUUUGUAGCUAUAGCUUAUUGAUGUUGGGAGCUCGCUUUAAUCUGUACCUUUAUUUUGUCUUCAGCUGAACAAUUUAAAUUUUUUUUUAAACUGCUUUACUCGUGUCAUUUCUUUCCUUUUCACUGCUGUCAUUUUGUUUGGGUACAGUUACGCUGUCGGCCACAUUCACCAGUUAACUUGUGCUCUUUAACAGCUUGCGUGCUCACAGAGAGCCGUUAGCAGGCAGAUAAGCAAACUAGGUUUGCUUGACGUUCUGUCCAUUAAGGCAGUUGUUUCAAUAUAUAUUUUGUCUCACAAUAAAGAAUGAAUUUAUAUUUCCAGUAA